CCCGCCAGUACCGGCGCCUGACAGAUACGGAGCAGCCGCUCUCCUGCAUUUAUCUGUGUCUAUAGAGGUCUGUCGUGACGUCAUGGGAUUGUGGUAGCUCGUAAUAGCUGAGGGGUCAGUCACCUGCCCCUUCCCUGCUCACAUGCGCGUCACCAUGCCCCAGUAAUGUGCUGUGUCCGCGCUGAACUUCCUCAGCUUAGGAUUAAAGUGUUAUCAAUAUGGCGGAAGCCCACCAGGCCGUGGCAUUCCAGUUUACAGUUACACCAGAAGGGAUCGACCUCCGCCUGAGCCACGAGGCACUUAAACAGGUCUACCUCUCCGGACUUCGAUCAUGGAAGAAGAGAGUAGCCCGACUCAGGAAUAGUUUUGUCACUGGAGUUUAUCCUGCCAGUCCAUCAAGCUGGUUCUUUGUGGUGAUUGCUAUAUUGGGGACCAUGUAUGCACGUGUGGAUCCAUCCAUGGGAAUGAUUGGAAAAAUCAAAGAACAUCUGCCAGUGAGCAGCUACCUCUCUCACCAGGGACAGAGUAUCCUCAGCGCCGUGCUCUUCUCCACCGGCCUUUGGUUCGCACUUAUCACGACCAUGCGCUACAUCCUGAAACAACUCCUGUCGUACCAUGGCUGGAUGUAUGAGCAGCAUGGCAAGAUCUCAGCUACCACCAAGCUUUGGCUGACUUUGGUGAAGAUUUUCUCCGGCCGUAAGCCGAUGUUAUACAGUUACCAGGCUUCACUCCCUCGCCUUCCUGUACCAGGAAUUAAACAGACGAUGCAAAGGUAUUUGGACUCCGUGAAGCCUUUGAUGAGUGAUGACGAGUAUAAACGUAUGACUGCACUGGCCAAGGACUUUGAAGUGAAUCUAGCACCCAGGCUACAGUGGUACCUGAAGCUGAAAUCCUGGUGGGCCUCUAACUAUGUGAGCGAUUGGUGGGAAGAAUAUAUUUAUCUGCGUGGAAGAAGUCCUAUUAUGGUGAACAGCAACUAUUAUGCAAUGGACUUUCUAUAUGUCAUACCAACCCCAAUCCAGGCAGCGCGGGCCGGUAACACAGUCCAUGCUCUGCUCUUGUACCGGCGGAAACUCACACGGGAGGAACUUAAGCCGAGCAGGGUUCCAGGAUCCAUUAUCCCGCUGUGCUCAUCUCAGUGGGAACGGAGUUUUAACACCACCCGUAUACCUGGAGAGGAGACAGACACCAUCCAACACUACUCAGACAGCAAGCACAUUGUAGUGUACCACAAAGGAUGCUUCUACAAAGUCUGGGUGUAUCAUGGUGGACGUUUGCUGAAUCCCAAAGAACUUGAGAACCAAUUCCAGCAUAUAUUGGAUGACCCAAGCCCUCCAAAUCCAGGGGAAGAAAAAUUGGCUGCCUUAACUGCUGGAGACAGGACUACCUGGGCUAAAGCGCGGAAGUCGUAUUUCCGCAGCGGGAAGAACCUGCAGUGUUUGGAUCUUGUAGAGAAAGCCGCUUUCUUUGUCACUUUAGAGGAUAGUGAGCAGGGCCUAAACCCUGACGACCCAGUCAAUUCUUUGGAUGCCUACGCUAAGUCUCUACUACAUGGGAAAUGCUAUGACAGAUGGUUUGAUAAAUCGUUUUCACACAUUGUGUUCAAAAAUGGAAAAGUGGGGCUGAACGCUGAACACUCAUGGGCAGACGCACCCAUUAUUGCCCACUUGUGGGAGACUAUGUUGGCUACAGAUUGCUUCCAGCUUGGGUACAACGAAGACGGACACUGCAAGGGGCAGGUGGACACAACACUUCCUUUACCUCAGAGAAUGCAGUGGGAAAUCUCCAAUGAGUGCAGUGAAGUCAUCCACAGCUCCCUGAAAGUCGCCCAGGCUUUAGCAGAUGAUGUCGAUUUCCAUACUUUCCCCUUUGACGACUUUGGUAAAGGUUUGAUAAAGAAGUGUAGGACCAGUCCUGACGCGUUUAUCCAGAUUGCUUUGCAGCUGGCACACUACAGGGACAAAGGAAAAUUCUGCCUAACAUACGAGGCUUCCAUGACGCGACUUUUCCGAGAAGGAAGAACGGAAACGGUGCGAUCAUGUACUGUAGAAUCCUCGACUUUUGUCAAGUCCAUGAUGGAUCCAUCAAAAUCAGUCCAGGAGAGAAUUACACUUUUUAAAGCCGCAGCAGAGAAACAUCAGAUGCUGUACAGAAAUGCAAUGACCGGAGCCGGGAUUGACCGGCAUCUCUUUUGCCUCUAUGUAGUCUCUAAAUACCUCGGAGUAGAUUCGCCAUUCUUGAAAGAGGUACUGUCUGAGCCUUGGCGCCUCUCAACCAGUCAGACCCCCAUUCAGCAAGCUGAACUGUUUGAUAUAAUCAAUCAUCCAGAAUACGUCUCGUGUGGAGGUGGUUUUGGACCUGUGGCUGAUGAUGGAUACGGUGUCUCCUACAUUAUCGUUGGUGAAAAUCUGAUUAAUUUCCAUGUGUCCUGCAAAUUCUCCGGCCACGAGACUGAUGCUCACCGCUUUGGCAAACACAUUCGAGAGUCUCUACUCGAUAUUCUGAGCCUGUUCAAGCUGGAUAACAAGUAGAAUGUGUUUCGCAGAUGCCAGUCUUUACCGACGCCUGCGAGUUACCCAUAAGGAGAAUAUAAAUAAAUUGCUGCAGAAUCCUGGGACCAUUGUGUUAUUUCUCAGCCGCAAAGAAGUACAAUAACUCACCGGACUGCAUGAACGCCUCAUACCGCUGCCUCACAUGUGACCUCAUACACGUGUUUGGACAGCAGUACAAUCGUGACAGAGAACGGUCUGUCAGACGCAGAGAACAUCCGUUCUCCUGUGUACGAGGACUAGUGACCUAAGAAAACAAUUCACAGGGAGUGGAAUUCCUGACACAAUCUUAUGACUGAUGCUAAAUGUAUGUGGUGCAAUGUGGAGCAAGCCUCUUGCACAGAAUGACUGAGAGCGGACGCGUUCCGUGUGUGAGCUGGUGCCUUAUCUGUUCCGUGUAAGUUCUUACUGCUUAUAGUGACGUGUAGCGCGCAAUGACAAUUUUACAAGCUUUUUUAUACUUGUCAAAUAUGAACAAGCUGCACCGUACCCCACAUUGUUUUUUCCCUUCAAUUUCAUAAUACCUCUACAGUUGUGUUCAUUUUUUUUUUAAGGGAAAUUUCGCCUUACUUCAGUGCUAUGGGGAUGUAUGGAGAGUAUUUCAUUAGCUGUAGUAGUUUUAUGUUCUAUUUUACAGAUAUUAAUGUUGACGGUUUUUUGUUAUUGUAUUGUUUUUGUUUGUUUUCCCUUUUUUUAGCCACCUUAAUUGCCAUUCCAUAGUCAUGACCACAAGUUCUUUUAUGGGGCCGGAUUUAAUGACUUUUUUUUUUUUUUUUUUUUUUAAAGGGGCAAUCACUUAAAGGCAAAACUAUGCCUUAUAAGUGGUUGCCCCUUUUAAAAAAAAAACACCUCCGAGUUCAGCCGACAUCCCGCACGGUCGCGAACUUGGGCGACCUUGCGUCCGGCCCGUUGUCUGUCUCAGGGUUGUACAAAGGGGCCAGGUAGCCAAUUCAUCUAGAAAAUAGCUGCUUUUGUAUUUGGAGGCUACUCCUCUUCCCUGGUUUGUUAAAGUAUCACAGUGGCUUUGAAAUUUGAAUGUCAGACCAACUUCAGUCUCCCUUAACCCUUCCAGUAUCUCAGAUCCACAAUGUUGCUCUGAGUCUACUUUGCUGCUUAAAGGACCACUCAUUCCUACAAUGCAAUUUGCCUUAUUUAAAGUAGAAGUUAGUAAAAUUCCCAGGUAUUAGAAUAUAUAAUGGGAUGGAUUUCAUGGCCUAACUUGACGGAAAGUUAGAGAACAAUCACAAACAAACUAGCACUACUACAUUGUGGUGUAUCUGCAUUUAUUUUAGUGUAUGAAUAAUUGUGUAUCUCUAUGUAUGUUAAGGUGUCUCUUCAUGUUAGCUUCAAAAUUAUUUGCUAAUACUGUAUGUUGCACAUUCAGUGAAAACACAGACACAGCCAGUGCACAUGACCUUAAGACCAAUACAAUCCAUAUAUAACCAUCCCCCAAAGAAACUUCUUUAUCGGUAAUACCGGCCACCUAUUUCGAAGCAUAUUGAAAAAUGGAGAGUCUGGCCUUGAGUGUGAAUGACAGAUGAUGGCGUCCUCAUGUUGACAGAGGUUAUCUGCCAAUCGGAUUUCCAGAUAUGCCUCAAAUUUAUCCAAUCAGGUUCGAGGAGCCAGUAUAGCAAAAGCGUAUAGGCCAGAAUAAGUUGCGUUAGCAGAAGAUAUUUAAUUUCUGAGCCAGGAAAGGCACAAGGGGUGGAACUGUACGUGUUCCCUGAUUGGAAUACAGUAAAGAAGUAUGCCCAAGAAUGGGGGGGGGGUUGUCACUGAUAUGUUAUAAGCACUCUUUUAACCAAACCAUUUUACUUGUGCAAUUCUAUCACUAAAUUAUUUAUGGAUCAUACUUGAGGCAAUGCCAAAACGGGUACAUAAUGACCUUAUUUUCUGUCUCGCAGUAAUGUGGAAGGCAGAGCCAUACACACAAAAUGUGUGUCUAUUACCUGUUUUCUGUUUCCAAUCCAAAUGUUUAUUAUGUUUGCUGUUAAGAAGUUUAGUGCUCUUAUCUUCUAUCUGACUGAAUGACUUUAAAGGUAAAUUCAAUUCAUUUGUGAGUGAUUUUAAUUGAUAAGUAAAUUAAGAGCGUUCCCAUCAUAUACAUGUAGGAGGCAGCAAUAUAUCAUAUUUAACCAAUAUUCAUGAGAUUAUGGUCAGCCUACCAAUUCUUUAGCAACCAGUGACCUCACUGAGUACAGCCUGUCAUUUCAUUUAGAGCCUGUGACAUCACUGAGACUGCAGCCUAUCCUGUCCCUUGUAACAGCUGAGACAUUGUGUGCCUUAGUGAUGUCACUGGCUCCUAGCGAAUUGAUAGGCUGCAGUCUUGCCAACCUUUUUUCGAUAGCAUAUAAUGACCGCAUCCACUGUGUGUAAGUGAUGGGUAUGCGAUAAAGUUGCAAAUGUUCAAACUAAUUGCUAUAGCUUAUUCCAGCCUGCUUUCCGCUAAAUAAAACAUACGUACUAACUGUAUGUCAAAAUGUCUCCAGCCCAUUGCUCCAGAUGAAAACACUGUACAUAGAUUAUAGGAUAUUUGCUGAAGGACUGUUCAUACCAUAGCAUGGUCUUUCAUGGAGGGCUAAAUAAUGUGGGGGUUUGCAGUCAGUAGUAAUGGAUAGCCCCAUAUAAUCCAUUCAUUUAUGUAAAAAAUGUGUCACUGAUGGCAGAAACAACACAUGGCGAUCCACUUUCAUUUACUUUAGGUUUAGAAAUGCCAACUAUAAGUUUUGGAUAUUUAAAGUAAUGGUUAUAAGUUUGAUAUAACUCCUGAGCAAACUACAGGAAAGUUUCUUGCAUGAUCACCAUUCAUUUAUUAUUCAAAUUCUUUUAUUUUUAUUAUUAUAGAAAGCUUGCGUUUUGUUGUUACUUGCAUCUAUUGUGUUGGAAAAAAAUGUUUGUAUAUUUCUGUUGUUGCCAUUAUCAAUGCAAUUUCAAACUGGGGAGGUCUUGAGGGUAAUAAAAAGUUACAGUUAAAACUUAAA